AUGGCCGGCGGAGCCCAGAUCUCGGGACAUUACAAGCAGCUCAUCGCUCAGGACUUCCGAUGGUGGAAACACCCUCGCCUCUGGCAAUUGAUGUUCUGGACAUGUCUUUACAUCCUGGGAAAUUGCGCCAACGGUUACGAUGGGGCCCUGGUCACUGGCAUGCAAAUUCUACCUUACUGGAUCUCCGAUUUCCACAACCCGCAAGGUUCAACGCUUGGCCUGCUCGGCGCGAUCCAAAACAUUGGAUCGUUGGGCUCUAUCCCUGUUGCCCCGCUUUGGAACGACCGAUUCGGCCGCAGGAAGACUGUUAUGCUGGGAACUACCAUGAUGAUUACUGGUGCUGCUCUCCAGGCCUCUGCUAAGAACGUCAACUGGUUCCUGGGUGGUCGCUGCUUGCUUGGAUUUGGUGGUGGUUUCAACAACAACGCUGACCCACUUAUGGUCAUCGAGCUCUGCUUCCCGUCGCAUCGCCACGCCAUCGCAGGUUCUUACAACUCGUUUACCGGUAUUGGUUCUAUCCUCGCUGCAGGCUUGACCUUCGGUACCUAUUACAUGGCUUCUUCCUGGUCAUGGCGUCUCCCCGCUCUCGUGCAGGUGCUUCCCUCCACCAUCCAAUUCUGUCUCAUCAUGUUCGGCCCCGAAUCUCCUCGCUGGCUGAUGCUCAGCGGCCAAGAGCAGAAGGCGUGGGACACCCUGGUUUACUACCAUGGACGUGGUAAUCCGCAUGACCCAUUGGUCCUUUAUGAGUUCGAGGAAAUGAAGGAGUCUGUUCGCAAAGAGAAGGAGAACAAACGGACGCAAUGGAAGUCGCUCUUCAACUCCAAGGGCAUGCGUCGCCGGUCAUUCAUCAUGAUGGGUCUUGCUGUCUCCGGCCAGUGGUCUGGUAACUCGCUCGUCACAUACUACCUUGCUCAGGUGCUCAAGACAAUCAACAUCACCGAUCGUCCCUCGCAACUUGGUCUCAACCUUGCUCUCACCGCCUUCAACUUCCUCUGCGGUUUCACGGCUGGCUUCCAUUCCGAUCGUUUCGGUCGCCGUCGCAUCCUUCUCACUUCGACGAGCCUCAUGCUGCUGUUCUUCAUCUGUGUCACCAUCUGCUCGGCACAAUAUAACAACACGCAUAGUGCCGUUGCCGGAGAUUUCGUUCUCCUAUUCAUCUUCCUCUUCACUGGGGCAUACGCAAUGGGUUGGUCGUCGGUCAUGCUUCUCUAUGUCACGGAAAUUUCCCCUAUGUCGAUGCGAUCGAAGGCCCAUUCGCUCUGGGCUAUCAGCCAGGCAUCAUCUCAAGUAUUGAAUCAGUAUACGAACCCGAUUGCUCUUGGAACCAUGGGUUGGAAGUACUACAUUGUAUUCGAUUGUCUCAUGGUUAUCAUCCUUCUGUUCCUCUAUUUCUUCGUCGUGGAAACGCGGGGCCUGACACUCGAGGAGACGGCCAUGCUCUUCGAUGGUGCGGACGAGGUCGCGGAGCUCCAGAAGGAUGCCGACGAGCAUGCGGAAGCCGAUCGCUUGGCGAUGGAGAAUGCCCCAAAGACUGGGCAGGAGUCGCCAGACCCAGAGAAGGGCUCUAUUCAUUAUCGGGAGGAUGUCAAUGCCUGA